AUGCCGGUUACGGAUCUGAGCGAAGUACUGAAGGAAAAGGCGCGGAUGGCAGUGGAAAACAACUGGACGGUGGACGAGCCGGUCAAGGUCCUUUCCCAACAAGGCCUCGAGGCAGGUUACAGGGCUUUCCUGGGGAGCUUGGCAGUCCCUCCGCAAAUGGAAGCAGAGGAAUUCCCCACGCGCAUGCACCGUCUCGGAGUGACGCUGCUCUACGUGAUCAGGCAGCAGGAGGCCUUCGGGUUCGAUGUAAGAUCUCAGAUCCAGCCGAGCGGGGGGCUCGGCGCGCCGGACGGCGAGCAGCGUCCCGGUUCCGAGUCGGCAAAAGCGUUCCGGGAGCUUGUCGAGGGGCGGAGCCUGCGGGUGCUUAUUUACAUUGCGAACCAAUACGAGCUGUCCGUGGCGGACAUUUACUGUGAGAACAUGUUCGUGCAGGAGUGCAUGCUGCUGCGGGACGGACACGCGGGGCAGUUCUUAAAGUACGACCACCGGCCGGAGUCGCGCAGGCACCCUUUGCUCGCUUUCACCUCCCGUUUCGGCAAGCGUCGUUGCCGCGAAAAGGUGGCUCGUUGGAGCGCGAUUUCCAGGUUCCAAGCGCUGAUUGGAGCGCUUCGGUUUUCGAAGUCCGUCUCAUAUCGGCGCCCGAUUGCAUCUCACAGGCAAACUCUUGAGACGACUUUUGAGUUCACGCUGCACUGGAUGGCUGAGGCUAGACAACCUCAGCGCGGGCCUUUGGGCGGACCCUAG